AUGUUGGACAAGUACACGUGUCACAUCUGCGGUGUCUGCACUCAGUCAACCACUGCACUUCGAGCCCACAUACGCAUACAUACAGGGGAGAGGCCAUUUGUGUGUCACAUCUGCCAGAAACGGUUUGCCCAGAAAGUUGAGACUCGGCUGCCCAGUGUAACACAGGCAUGGAGUAAGGCAGGCAGCCCCAGACAGGGGGGCACAAGCCCCGCCCAUUGGGCCCCGGGGCAGGAAGGUUUUGUCCCUGUGCCCAGCCAUGAGAUCUAUUGUAGGAUAUGCAAGAAGGGCCAGCAAUCACUGGCUGUGCUACAGGCUCACAUGAGGGUACAUACAGGAGAGAGGCCCUUUAAGUGUGAUAUCUGCAUGAUGGAGGUGGACAUGCGGAAAAGACCUGCACGAUUCAUGUGUCAGUUCUGUAACAGACUGUGUUUUUCCAAAUCCGACCUAGAGAAACAUUUGAGAAUACAUACUGGUGAAAAACCUUUCAAAUGUGGAAUAUGUGGGAAAGGGUUUGCAGACAAAAUGUCGAUGGACAGGCACAUGAUAGAGAGCCAGCGGAGCAGACAUGCAAGAUUCACCUGUCGGUUCUGUAACAGAGUGUGCUGCUCCAAUGCCAACUUGCAGAAACACUUGCGUACUCACACUGGAGAAAAACCUUUCAAAUGUGGCACAUGUGGGAGACAGUUUGGGGACAAAAUUUAUAUGGGCGAGGACCAGUCAGCAAUCCAGCAGAGGAGACCAGCAAGGUUUGAGUGUCAGUUCUGUAACAGGCACUGGUGUUCCAACGUUGAUCUACAGAGGCAUCUGCGAACUCACACCGGAGAAAAACCUUUUAAAUGUGGCAUGUGUGAUAAACAGUUUGCAGACAAAAUUUGCGAUAUGAAGGACAUCAGCUUCGAGCGGUUCAAAGUUUGCCUGAUCUGCAAUAAAAUGUUCCAAAGCCAGACAUUUUUGGACCGCCACAUUCGCUCCCACACAGGAGAGAAACCAUACGCCUGUCCGUGCUGUCAGCGGCCCUUCAGCACCACGAGUCUUGCUUACCUCAGUGAAGGCUCUGUACCAACAUCAACCUCCAAGAUGCGGCGUGCCAGACGCUAUGUGUGCGAUAUCUGCAACAAGGCUUUCACCGAUAACUACAACCUGAUCCAGCACAUCAGAACUCAUACCGGGGAGAGGCCUUAUGCCUGCUUGCAUACACUAAGCAUAGUUGCCACUGACCUUUCAAGUUUCUGGCCUUACAACUGA